AUGACCGACAUCCCUUCGCACCAACACUCGUCUCAGUCCAUCCCGCAGCACCGGCUGGCCCUACAAGCGUUGGCUACACCCUCUCCAUUGAGGUCGGUCGGAGCUACUGCACUACGCGACUCACGCUCAGACACGAUCACUGUCUUGCCAGGGUGGCCUCCCUUUGCUCGUGCGUGUUCUCCUGCCAUGACGACGCCUCGACGACGUCGUACCCCUCGUUUCCCCCAUGGACCACCGCAGCUCAGCACGGGCGCGGACGAGACAGGCGACGCUGGGAUUCAUCAUGAUCAUGGUAUAGACGACAGCAACGAAAACGACACGCAGACAGACACGAUGCCGAGAAGAAAGAAGCCUGCCUCCCUGCGGUCAUCGCCAGGGUUUUCUAGUCCCAACUACGGCGCCGUGACGUCGGAGACGAUGCUCUCCGGCAUGGCACCUGAGACGGCUGAGGUCGCUGAGAUCAGCCCGCGGCCAUCCACAGCCCAUGGCAGCAGCGACGCCGCCGGUAGGUUGUCCCGCUAUUCCUCGCUGCGGCGGCAGCGCUCGCACGCAUCAUCUCUAUUCGCCCGGUACGACAGCGUGACGGGUGGCUCGACGCGCGUGCCGCCACCCGAGCUGACGGCCGCCGCGCUGAUGAGUGGCCUGGGUGGCAGCCGGUUUGACGUGGCCGGCACGGCGGCCCCGGUGUCUGCCGUGCCGAGUGAGGCCAGCUAUGACGGCAGCAGCGACGACGACGACGAAUGCGACAGCUUCAGCCUUCGUUCAGACGUGGACCGUGACGGCCCCGUCGACGAGUACGACAUCAAUGAGUACGGUUAUGCCGUUCCGGUGGAGGCUUUGGGCGAAGCCACGGACGACUGCACCCCAGACGACAAUGCAGGCGGCAGCGGCAGCGGCAGCGGCAGCGUAGCCGAUUCAUCCAACCCGCCGGACAACUCGCCUUUUGCGCAGGUGCGGGCGUCAGUGGCGCCGGUCGACAAUACGCUGCUGUCGAUCAACACGCCGCGCAUGUGGGUCCUCUCAACGCUCUUCUCGGUUCUGGGGUCGUCGACGAAUCUGUUCUUCUCACUGCGUUACCCCAGCGUGGCUAUCACACCGGUCAUCGCGCUGCUGCUGGUGCACCCGCUCGGCCUUGCCUGGGACUGGGCCCUGAAGCGGGCUGAUGAUCCGGCUGAGGAGUUUGACGACGGCGUGCUGGUGCCCAGCGCAGCCCAUCGUCGCGUCAGCGGCCACGGGCUCUUCCGGCACCUCCAGCUCGGGCGAUUGCGUCUCUGGCUGGCCCAGGGCCGGUGGAACGAGAAGGAGCACACAUGUGUCUACGUCAGCAGCAAUGUGUCGUUCGGCUUCGCCUUUGCCACUGACGUCAUCGUCGAGCAGACACACUUUUACCACCAGGACGUCGGGCUGGCCUACCAGCUGCUGCUGACACUGUCGACACAGAUUCUGGGCUACACGUUUGCCGGGCUCUCGCGCCGCUUUCUCGUGCGGCCGAGCGGCAUGAUCUGGCCGUCGACGCUCAUGUCGGCCUCCAUGUUCGCCACCCUGCACAAGGAGGAGAACCGGCCGGCCAACGGAUGGCGCAUCAGCCGGUGGCACUUCUUCUAUGUCGUCUUCCUCGCCGCCUUCCUCUUCUACUUCAUCCCCGGGCUGCUGAUGCCGGCCCUCAGCUACUUCAACGCGGUGACCUGGCUGGCCCCCGACAGCGUCGUGGUGGCCAAUCUGUUCGGCGUCGUGUCCGGACUCGGCCUCUUCCCCGUGACCUUUGACUGGGCCCAGAUCGCCUACAUCGGCUCGCCACUGCUGACGCCCUUCUGGGCCGCCAUGAACGUCGUCGGCGGGCUCGUCAUCGUCAUGUGGAUUCUGGCCCCGCUCGCCUACUACGGCAACUGGCUGUACUCGGCCUAUAUGCCCAUCCUGUCGGCCGCCGUCUUCGACAACACCGGCGCCGUCUACGACGUGCAGCGCAUCCUGACGGCCGACUUUGUCUUUGACCGUGCCGCCUACCGCAGCUACAGUCGCGUCUUUCUGCCCAUCACGUACGUCCUCAGCUACGGCGUGCAGUUUGCCGGCCUGGCCUCGCUGCUGACCCACACCGCCUGCUGGCACGGCCGCGACAUCUGGCGCCAGUGGAAGCACUCGCUGGACGAGUCCGCGUCGGCCGCCCACCUGUCGGCCAAGACGGCUGCAUACCAGCCGGUGGCCUCGCACGAUGUCGAUGUGGGGCCGACGGACCGUGAUCCCGGCCACGGCAGCCGUGAUGCCAACUCGGUGCCGCUGCAGCCGACAAGAAGCCGCAGCGACAGCGGCCUGGACGGCCGGAUGAGCCACGAGGACGUGCACAAUCGGCUGAUGCAGCGGUACCGUGACGCACCCAUGUGGUGGUACCUGCUGACGUUUGUGACGAUGACGGCAACGGGCAUGUUUGUGGUGGAAUAUUAUCCGAUUCAUCUGCCGUGGUACGGCCUGCUGCUGGCCCUAGCCAUCUGCGCGGUGCUCUUCAUCCCCAUUGGCAUCAUCAUGGCGGUGACCAACCAGCACGUCAGCAUCUACCUGAUCUGCCAGCUCGUGUGUGGCGCCGUGUUCCCGGGCCGCCCUGUGGCCAACAUGGUCUUUGUCACGUACGGCUACAUCUCGUCGGCCCAGGGCAUCAAGUUCGCCGCCGACCUCAAGCUGGGCCACUACAUGAAGAUCCCGCCGCGCAUCCUGUUCCAGGUGCAGAUGGUUGCCACGCUGGUCUCGUCAGCCACGCAGAUCGCCGUGCUCAACUGGAUGUUUGGCAACGUUCCCGGCCUCUGCACGCCUGGCGCGCUCAACGGCUUCACCUGUCCGAUUGCUCGCGUGCACUUCAACGGCUCGAUCCUCUGGGGUGUCGUCGGUCCGGGCGAGUUCUUUGGACGUGGCGCCACAUACCGGCCGCUGGUGUGGUGCUUCCUGGUCGGUGCCGUGGCUCCCCUGCCGCUGUGGCUGUAUGCCCGUCGACGUCGCGACAGCAUCGUGCGCAAGAUCAACCUGCCCGUGCUGCUGGGCUCGCUCGGCUGGAUCCCACCGGCGACGGGGCUCAACUUUAGCGUAUGGGCGCUGGUGUGCUACCUCUUCAACUACGUGCUCAAGAAGCGGGCGACGGCCUGGUGGGCCAAGUACACCAUGACGCUGAGCGCGGCCUUGGACGCGGCCCUGGCCUCGGGCAUCGUCGUCGCCUUCUUUGCCUUUAUCUACCCGGGCAUCAUGGACCGCUUCCACUGGUGGGGGACCGAGGUGUAUAAGCAGGGCUGCGACUGGCGGGCGUGUUCAUACCUGCAGGUGCCGGCGGGAGGGCGGUUUGGGCCGGACACGUGGUAG